AUGGAGAGUACGACUAAACAUCAGGAGAAAUUUUCUGACAGUAAGAGCAGUUUGGCAGUGGAACAGACUCCCUGGGGAGUUGGUGGCCUCUCCUUCCUUGGAGGUUUUUUAGCAGAGAUUGGGUGGCCAUCUGUCAGGGAUGCUUUAGCUGGGAUUCCUGCAUCGCAGGGGGUUGGACUGGAUGAAUCUUGGGGUCCCUUCCAAUUCUACAAUUCUGUGAUUCUGUUCUUGCUUUUCUCUCUCUCUUGCUUUCUCUUUAGAUUAGCUUGGCUUUUAUUGUAUUUUAUGUGGAAAACUUCCAAUAAAAAUUGA